UCACCGAAACUUUUCAACCUGUACGUAAACGAGCUGAUCGUGAGACUCAGUGGCAGACCAGUCGGCUGCUGGAUAGAUGGAUUACCCGUCAAUAAUUUUAGUUACGCAGACGAUAUGGUGCUGCUGGGUCCCUCGGCCGGUUCUGUCAGGCAGCUUCUUGACAUUUGUGUUAAGUACUGCGGCGAUCACGGCCUGGUUUAUAACGCCAAAAAAAGUGAAUACAUGAUCUUUGAGGCCCGAGGAAAUAAUGUCACCUACGAACCUGUUAUAAAAUUGAAAGACGUACCUCUUAAAAGAGUGAAACUAUUUAAAUACCUAGGGCAUUAUAUUUCCGAAGACCUCAAAGAUCAUGCCGACAUUGAGCGUGAGCGACGAGCGCUAGCUGCUAAAUGUAACAUGCUGGCCCACAGAUUUAAAGUACUGGACACGCUCCGUGUCCAAUACAAUAAUGGAUUCAGGGUGUUGUUGGGAUUGCCGCGAUAUUGCAGUGCAUCGGGCAUGUUCGCAGACAUGCAGACAGACGAUUUCUGGGGCAUGUUGAGAAAAAAGACCGCAUCCCUUCUGCUCAGAAUGCGUGGCAGUUCCAACAGCAUUCUGAAAAUGUUUGCGCACAAAACAGCGGAACCCAUGCUUGAGCAUUUUGUUGACGUGCUGGUAUGGCAAGUCACACCUACGCCUAGAUAA